UCGAAAACAUCAUUUUCAGCAUAUUUUACUAUUUUACCAUCAAAAGGGUAAAAAAGCAGUUCAAAUAAGGCGAAAAUUAUGUGAUGUGUACGGAUGUAUUGACCGGUCGCCAAUGUCAAAAUUGGUUUCCAAAAUUUCGUUCCGGUAAUUUCGAUCUUGAAGAUCCACCACGUUCUGGAAGGUCUCUUAAAGUCAAUGUGGAUAAAAUAACCUCGUUGGUCGAUGCGAAUCGUCGAAUAAAAAUUCAAUUUAUUGCUGAAAAAUAAAAUUUGUCAAAAACGAUCGUUCACAAGCACAUGAAACUCAUAGGAUUUAUUUCGAAACUUGAUAUAUGAGCUCCUCAUAUUCUUAUACAUAGAACGAAAUUUGCUUUGUCGCAUUAACGACUAUGAUUUGCUUAUAAAACGUCGAAGAAGUGACUAUGGCGCAAAAGGUCGAAGGCCGAUAGUAACCAAAAAAAGGUUAUGCUUGGUGGAAUUUCAAAGACGCCAUCUAUUUUGAGCUUUUCCCACAAUUCUUUAGUGUAUUGUGAUCAGCUCGACAAAUUGAUACGCUCAAACAGAAGAGGCCAGAAUUGAUUAAUAUAAAAGGUGUAGUGUUUCAUCAGGAUAAAGCGAAACAUCAUACAAGUUUUCAUCAAAAGCUUUUGCAACUUCAGGUAGCACACAACGUAGCACACUCAUCGUAUUAUCCAGACUGGGCACUCUCCGACUAUUGCUUUUCUGCCAAAUUUUUUGGAUGGAAAAUGCUUCACCUCAAAUCAAGACGUCAAAACCCACUUGGGCCAGUUUUUUGCCUGCAAGGAUCAAAUCAAUCCCUUGAACGAAAGAUCGCCAAAGGUUUUGUAUCAAAAUGGAAAAGAUAUUUGUUAAUUUCAUAAAAUGUUUUACACAAUAAAAAAUCAUGUUUAAAUGUUUAAAAAAAGCGGAAUUAGUUAAUGAACGACCCAAUAACUUGACCAAAAAUAGGCGCAAGUAUUCUUAAAUCUAUACACAUUCUACAUCCUGUGUUCUUCGAAAAUAUGUCUGUUUUUUUGUUAAUUUCUGAAAAUUUGACGUUUUAUUUCUUAUGAGAAUUCUGACUUUGCGUUAAAUUAAAAAAAAAAAAAAUCGAAUAAAAUUCAAAGCCUUUAAUAUGGAAAAAGAUUGCGAAUUGAAGCUCGGACCACCCGAGCGGUCACAAAGAAUUGAUGUUAUUAUCGUGGGAGCGGGCAUAUCAGGAUUAGUGACAGCUUAUAGACUUUUGGAAAAAGAACCCUCAUUACAAAUAAGAAUAUUGGAGGCCAGUGAUACUAUCGGUGGCAACUUGAAGCAAAUACCUCAGGGUGAAAUCGGUGCAAAAUGGUUCGAAGGGUCGCAAGCUCAUGUUUAUCAAUUGCUGCAACGUAUGGAAAUACCAAUACAGCAGCGUUCUGUUGUGGAUGCAACAUUGCCACGUUGUUGGGAACUCGAUCAAACUGUAUCCUCAAAUUUGGCAAAAUACGAGUUACAACGUUACAUAAACGAAUUACAAAUAAAAGCACCUUUCUUUAGGCCGGGACGAUUCAGCAUUAGAAAAAACUCAACAAAAAUGGAAAAGCAUAUAAACAACCGAUUAUUUUUCAGUGAGUCGCGAAAGUUUAUGACCAAUUUAGUGGAGUUGGUUUGCGGUUCGAAAGCCUCCGAUAUUACUUACAAAGAAUUUAUGAGCCUUUGCUACGGCUGUGGUAGCUUACAAAACAUAAUUAAUAUCUACUUGGAAUGUCCGAACACUUUACUGGAAUUCGACAGUGCUCAUCUAUUGAAUGCGCUAACACAGAGAUUGCAAGGCACGGAAUUUCUAGUCUCGCGACAAGUGAAAGCUAUUUGCCAUUAUAAAGACUAUAUUGAAGUGCAUGAUUCAACACAGAAGAUACACACAACGGAUGUGCUUAUUUUGGCAAUACCAUUGAAUGCUCUCCAACAGAUCAACUUCUCACCGCCAGUGCCCAUGGAGUUGCGUAAAGUAAUGAACAAUAAGCUGAAGUUGCGCUUAAUGUUAACAAGCUUUAUAGCUGGCUACGGCGAUGCCCAUUGGCGGAAUGCUGGUUAUUCGGGCAGUUUCCUUAAGAAUGAACCAUUUAUAGUGGGUUACGAGUACCGACCCAAUGUUUAUGGCGGUAUGAUGAUACAUGAUAGCGGUUCUGAAUCGCUGGUACGUUCGAUUGUGCUAAAAGCGUUCGCAGAAAAUUAUGGUGAAGCUAUGGAAACGCCACACAGCUAUAACCAACAUACAUUCGAGUUGAGCUCAUUAGCACAUAUGCCAUUUACGACACCGUGGCAUCGUAUUGUCUGGUCAUCAUCGGCCGCUGCCUCAACAUGCUAUCGCGGCUUCUUAGGCGGGGCGGUGCAAAGUGGGUUGCGUGCGGCAUUGAACGCUUUACUAUUGGUGCGACCGCAAGUGGUGUCAUGGACCGAUGUGGCCGAUGUACAUUGUCAAAAUUGUCCAAAUAUUAAAGAUGUGGGCGCAUUGCAAUUAUGGAUGAGUGGACUGAACCUGUAUAAUGUGGGCUAUUAUACCCUUUACGCUUCGAGUGUACUUCUAGCACUACAGUUAGCAUUUAAGAAGUUUGGUUGAAACACAUGAACACGUGGUGUAUAAAUAUUUUGAAUAUAAAUGAAUAUUCCUACGAAUAUGUUUGUGAAUACCUCUAUUUAAAUAAAGUCAGAAGCCUAAUCGUGUUGUAUUUCCGUUAAGUAUUUAUUUAUCUGU